AGGCUAUCGCAGAGCGCACUGGAGCCCUGGCCAGCGCGCAGCCUUCCCGGCGCCGGCAAGCAGGGUCUUGGGAAUUCUCACUUGCUUCGGCUCACUCUCUUUCACAAAAACCACUGGAUCUUACAUGCUUCUGUAACCCCCACUUCCACUCCAUGUCCCCAUGAUCCUGUGCCAGCAACAGGACAAGUUCUCUGGAUGUCAGCUGAGUUACUAAGUUAGCUCUGCUGGUCAAAAGAACCCCGAGGUUCUUGGAAGCAUCUAUCUCUCCUCAUUAAAAAAAAAAAGAAAAAAACAUUUUUUUUUGCUGUGUCUUCACCGAACAUUCAAAACUGUUUCUUCAAAGGGUUUUGCAAAAACUCAGACUGUUUUCUAAAGCAGAAACACUGGCGUCCACAGCGGAAGCAAUGGGCAGUGUGCGUACAAACCGCUACAGCAUCGUCUCUUCGGAGGAAGACGGCAUGAAGCUGGCCACCAUGGCCGUCGCCAAUGGCUUUGGGAAUGGCAAGAGUAAAGUCCAUACCCGACAACAGUGCAGGAGCCGCUUUGUGAAGAAAGACGGGCAUUGCAACGUUCAGUUUAUCAACGUGGGAGAGAAAGGACAGAGGUACCUGGCGGACAUCUUUACUACCUGUGUGGACAUCCGCUGGCGGUGGAUGCUGGUAAUCUUCUGCCUCGCAUUCGUGCUCUCCUGGCUGUUCUUUGGCUGUGUGUUUUGGUUGAUAGCUCUGCUCCACGGGGAUCUGGAUGCUUCUAAAGAGAGCAAAGCGUGUGUGUCUGAGGUCAACAGCUUCACGGCUGCCUUCCUCUUCUCCAUUGAGACCCAGACAACCAUCGGCUAUGGUUUCAGGUGUGUUACAGACGAGUGCCCGAUUGCUGUUUUCAUGGUGGUAUUCCAGUCAAUCGUGGGCUGCAUCAUCGACGCCUUCAUCAUUGGUGCAGUCAUGGCGAAGAUGGCGAAGCCAAAGAAGAGGAAUGAGACUCUGGUCUUCAGCCACAACGCUGUGAUUGCCAUGAGGGACGGCAAACUCUGCUUGAUGUGGAGAGUGGGCAACCUUCGCAAGAGCCACCUUGUGGAAGCUCAUGUCCGGGCACAGCUUCUCAAAUCUAGGAUCACUUCAGAAGGGGAGUACAUCCCCUUGGACCAGAUAGACAUCAACGUUGGUUUCGAUAGCGGAAUCGACCGUAUAUUUCUAGUGUCCCCAAUCACUAUUGUCCAUGAAAUAGACGAAGACAGCCCUUUAUAUGACUUGAGUAAGCAGGACAUUGACAAUGCAGACUUUGAAAUCGUUGUCAUCCUGGAAGGCAUGGUGGAGGCCACUGCCAUGACAACGCAAUGCCGGAGUUCAUAUCUGGCCAAUGAGAUUCUCUGGGGUCACCGCUACGAGCCGGUGCUCUUUGAAGAGAAGCAUUGCUAUAAAGUAGACUAUUCAAGAUUCCAUAAGACUUACGAAGUACCUAACACUCCCCUUUGUAGUGCCAGAGACUUAGCAGAGAAGAAAUACAUCCUCUCAAAUGCAAAUUCAUUUUGCUAUGAAAAUGAAGUUGCCCUAACAAGCAAAGAGGAAGAGGACAGUGAGAACGGAGUUCCAGAGAGCACAAGUACGGACUCACCUCCUGGCAUAGAUCUCCACAACCAGGCGAGCGUGCCUCUAGAGCCCAGGCCUUUAAGGCGAGAAUCGGAGAUAUGACUGGCCGAUUCUGUCUUUGGAAUAUUUACUUCUUCGCUACACAGUCUGAUGUUGGUCAGAGAUCCGAGACAGUUAUACAGACGGUGGUACUGGCCCAGAGGUGGGUGAAAGCAGGCAGCCACAAGAGACUAAGGCUAGCACAAAGGUUUCAAGAAAAGACUGUAAGCUGGAUGACUGAAGUAAAAAGCGCUUUGCAGGCCUCCGAGAGACCCGAAGGCACAUAUCUGUUGCAGAAUAAGUUAUGGGGUUUUUAAUGUAUUGUUUUGUGUUUUUACAAAACUUGAAUAUGCAGGCAAGCCUCAGUUUGGGUACAUGACUUACCUGGAUAGCUUCUCUUUAGGGGGAACAAGGAUGAUUUUAAUGGCAUAACAUAGGCAAGACUCUGCCUUAAUUUUUUUUGAAAAGCUGCUAACUACAUGAACACAAACUGUAUUUUUGUUGCAGUGUAGUUUAUCUUUUACAUAACGUUAAAAUGUCAGUGUUGAGCAUUAUCGCAAGUGCACGGUGUGCUUCAAAGCGUCAAGUAUUUGGCUAUUGACUGCCAAAAUGGGAGCCUGAUUUUCUGAGGCCAGUAAUUUCUUUGCUAAAAUUGAUAUCUCUCCUCUCUCUCUCUCUCUCUCUCUCUCUCUCUCUCUCUCUCUCUCUCAUUACAUAAUAACAUUAUGUAACACUAGCCAAAUGGUAGCCUCUGGGUUUUAUAGUUUUCUUUUCCAGGAUGCUAAUAGGUUAUCUCAAAUUUUCAGUUAGACAACCUUAAAUGAAUACCAAAGAUAAUGCACACUUUCUUUCUUUCUUUCUUUCUUUCUUUCUUUCUUUCUUUCUUUCUUUCUUUCUUUUUUCUUUUGCACGUGGAGGUUAUAUUUUUUAAAAGAAACAAAGCCCCAUGGGCUUGUCUUGGAAGAUGUGGAACAGUCGAUUCAUUUUGUACUACAGUCUGAAAAGAACACCAAAGUCUGAUCAAUGUAGUGUGUUUUUCAAGUCUGUCCUUUUGUGCAUCUUUCUUAUUUGGGGGGGGGGGGCAAGAGGGAAGCAAGGGUCAUAAUUACAUAUGCACUAUACAAAUCUUUCUUUCCCUGAUAGGUAGUGCUAGUCAAGCUAAUGUACUCAAAGGGGGUGGGGGAGAGAGAGAGAGAGAGAGAGAGAGAGAGAGAGAGAGAGAGUUGCUUGGACUUUUCUGAGCUUUUCUUUCUUUGCACAUUCCAAAGUUUAUUCCAUAAGAUCAGAUCUUGGUUGAACUUUGUUGGUAACCUGGCACCCUCCAGUCACCCAGCAGCGAAGAUGAACAGAUUUCAAAUUUUGCAGCUGAGUCAUAGCCUUGACUGCCAGGACAUUUCUAGCUCAGUGUCACAUUAAGAAAGAUAUCUGGCCUCUAGGCUUGUCCUUUUGAGGUCUCUGCACGGAGACAGAGAGAGAGAGAGAGAGAGAGAGAGAGAGAGAGAGAGAGAGAGAGAGAGAACUCGAGCCACUUCAAUGUGACUAUCCACUUUACAGGGGGGAGAGGAAAGUUGCUUUUUUCAUGACAGAUGAUAAGAGGGACUGUUUCAGUAUUUUAGGUCUUAGUGAGCCAUAUAAAAGAACAUAAUUAUAAGUUAAUGAGUUAAGAGUUUAAAGGGUUAUUUCUCUCUCUGUAAAUGCUCAUGAUUAAUGUGAGCUGGUCAUUGUCUCUUGGAAAAGUCUCAGAGCAGGUUGCUAAGGACAUGCUAUUUUCUAGAGGCCUCUUCUAUCUAUUCACCUGCCUUUAUAGAAGCGUCUCUCCCCACCCCCACUCUAGCUCAGUAAUGCAAUUCUCCCUCCCUUUCUCUUGGUUUUUAAUGUCCUCUACUUAUAAACCCUAGGGCUGCUAAUUUUCCCUUUCAGUUGGCGUCUCAAAAAUCAACUCUCUAAUGGUAUUAACACCCUAAUAUGCCAUUAACAAUCAGCUUUGUUCUAGAAUCAUGUAUUUCAUUUCAGUUGUUGUUUGUGUCAGUCUGUGGCUUGUGAGCCUCCGUGUCUGGAUGCAGUGCCUGUAAGAAACAGUGACAGUUUCUGCUGUUUUCAACUGUCUAAGUCAAUGGAUUUGAAAACUGUUGGCAUUAUGGGAAUCAAGGGAGAAGUGCUGAGAAAGUGGUUCUUAUUGUCCAUCCAGGUUUGAAGGCAAGGUUGCAAGUUGCUUAAAAGAGUCAGUGGGGUUGGGGACAGAGGGGAGUCACAGAAGAGAAAACAGACUGGCUUUGGACCGUGUGAGGCUAUGGAAGGCUUCAGAUGCUGCUAUUAAGGUGAUUUGCAAAGGAAAGUCAUCAAACCAAAGAGUAUUCAGUGGAAUGUAAAUCAAAUGAAGGUGCAGUAGAGAGUGGGGGAGGGGUGACAACCCAGACUGACCCCAAACACAUAGCGCUAACCACUUAAAAAGACUUGAGUCAUUGGAAAAAGGGGGGGGGGGGUACAGAGACAAGGAAAGUGUGAGGGCAAUCUUUCAAUUUGUUGCUUAACAAGAAGAAACCAUCUAAAAUUUCUGGUGCAUAGGUUUGUUUUUCGUUCGUUUGUUUUCGUCCGUCCGUUCGUUCGUUCGUUCGUUUUUCUUUUUGUUUUCCAAGAAAAUUUUUUUUGCAGGAGCUACAUUUUUAAAGUGUACAUUUUAUAAAGUUUAUCAGAUAUUUUCAUAUUUAAAGCCAAAUGUAAAUAUAAGUCUGUAAAGGAAAAAAAAAGUACCCUAAGAGGUAUAACUACCCGCAGUGAGUUCUGAUAGCUAGCACCUAUAAUGCUACCGGUUAGCAUGGUUUUAGCUGAGACUACCAGCCUUUUGAGGUUCGAUUCAGUAUGUUUCUUCUGUUAUUUAUUUCAGCAUGGACUGUUCCUUUGAGAGCUCUUUGUAGUUAUUAGCAUCUUAAUAGUUACAAGCUUUAAACGGCUUUCUGUUGUGUUCUGCCAAGAGCCAAGACAUAGGUAAUGCAUGGCAUCUCUCCCUGCAUUUGUACCUUCAGAAUCUCUGUCUUUAUCGACUGGGCCUCCAGGACUAGUGCACACACCUGCCACUAGUAUGCAGAUGGGGGGACUCACCUUGAACAUCUGGGGUUCGUCCCCAGGUGCCAGUUGCUUCUGUGCUGCGAGCAAAUCCCUCUAGGAUGUAUUCCCUUUUAAAGAAUGUUUGCCCAUAUCUGAGUGGGCAUUAUAUUUUUUUGGAAGGGGGGAGGAAUAGAUUCCUGGUUAUUCUAUUUUUAAAUAAAAAGGUAGACAAACUGAAUUCUAUUUUGAUUAUUGAGAAAGGAAUAGUUUUCUAUCCCUCUAAGAGUAUACUUGAAUCAGACAUUUUUAGAAUGUCAUAUAGCACUGUAGUCAUUUCUAAAUCCCUAGAGAAGUUUGUUUGACUCCUUUCCUGUUCUGUUGAUGCACCAUCCCUUUUCUUUCACUUCCUUUCUCCCUAUAGCUUCCUUCCCUAAAUCUCGAUGUGUCUCUGAUGACCUUGGUUCCCCAAAGAUCUUCCCCUUGCGGAUAACAAACGCCAGCUUUUAACUUAUAAUCGGCCACCCCAUAAAAACAAAAUGCUCAUCUCGAGGGGUGGGUUAAGCUCCUUAUCACUCUGAUGUCAAGGUGGAAGGUAUAAAAGUGUUGCAUUACCAUAUCCCCUCCCACAACCUUCAGCAAACUAGAGUUUCUUUCCUGAGAAUGUUAGGUUUCAGCUCUGGGCUCUGGCGAGUUGAACGUUCCUAGCCUUUGACAAUCACGAUAGUUAUUAUUUUUUUCCCAUUUGCCAUCUUUUUGUAUCUAAAGUCUUCCUAUUGUACUGCACAAACCAUGGGUUGUAUAUAUUUUUUAUAUAUUAUGUCUUAUUUUAUUAUUUCUAAAUAAAAAUUGAAAAUAAA